CUUCCAGCAAGUCUCUGUUGAAAAUAUCCAAUGUUUUAGAUAAAAGGCAUGGCAGGAAAAACAAAACUUGCCAUCAAUGGGAGGAUGGCUGCAGCCAUUUCAGAUGGAGGUUAGUAUUCUGAUAUGGAGACAAGCAAAGGACAACACUUGUGAGCUGCACGUCAACGAGGUGGAAGGAAGGGGAAGUGACCAGAGUUUGAACAGCAAUGUCAGUUUGCCCAGUGUUCAGGAGGGGACGUUCUACUCUGAGAGGUCAGUGGCCAGCUGGGCAGUUUCCUUUGAACGGCUUCUGCAGGACCCUGUUGGUGUGCAGUACUUCACAGAGUUUUUAAAGAAGGAAUUCAGUGCAGAAAACAUAUUAUUUUGGCAAGCCUGUGAACGUUUCCAGAAGAUUCCAAAAGAUGACUUGGAACAGCUUUCACAGAUUGCUGGUGAGAUUUACAGCACAUACCUCUCCAGCAGCUCCCUCUGUCCUAUCAACAUUGACAGUCAAGCCCAGCUUGAGGAGGAUAUCCUUAAUGACCCCCGGUCGGAUAUGUUUAAGGCACAACAGCUUCAGAUCUUUAACUUGAUGAAAUUUGACAGCUACACCCGAUUUGUGAAGUCCCCACUUUACCAGCAAUGCGUGCUGGCAGAAGUUGAGGGUAGACCUCUCCCUGGUAUGAUCUCACGGCAAGGAAGUCAGUUGUUCGAUCAAAAACCUGACCAGGAAAGCUCCAAGAAGCAGAAGCAGAAACUGAAGUCGGGGAAGUCUUUCAGUGGUGUUCGACAGGAAAACUACGAUAAAAAAGGAGGAAACUUGGAACCUAAGCUGUGGAAGAGUACGAGCAAACUAAGCCGCAGGAAAGAGAAAGGAGACUCCUUGGGAGUGGAUUUUCCAGAGAGUAAUGGUCUCUCCUUGUCUCGCCGUGAAUCUCAGGGAUCUGUAUAUUCCACAGCCAGCAUGGAACUGGGCUACCUCAGCUUGGCUAAUUCCAGAAAUGAGAGUGAGAAGGUGAAUGCGGACACUGAAAUAGAACAGAAGGUGAAAUAUUGUUGUGUCUACCUCCCUGACAAAACUGCUUCCUUGGCGAUGGUUCAGCCUGGGUUGACCAUUCGAGAGUUACUAUGUGCAGUAUGCGAAAGGCAUGGGAUUCCUCUAGCUGCCACAAGUGUUUUUCUGGCUGGAAGUGAUAGGAAACCUCUUGUGCUGGAUCAAGAUAGUAUGAUCUUGUGUGACAAGGAAGUUCGUGUUGAGAAGAAAGUACUAUUUGAAUUGGAGAUUAUUCCCACAAAUCGAAAACUUUGGGUGACAGCAAAACCUACCAAAACAGUGUCUGAAGCUUUGCAACCAUUUCUGAUUAAAUAUAACUUAAACGCCAAGGAUCUGGAAGCAAAGAUUAGUGGAGAGUCCCAGCCUCUGAAAAUGAACAGCAGUGUGGCCUGCCUGGAUAAUCAGCAGGUUAUCCUAGACAAAAUUAAGGAUACUGCACAGGGGAAAGUGAAUUCAAAGCAAUCAUCUGCAAACCUUCAGAAACAGCAGGAAUCUCCCGUAAGUGAAAACAAAUCGUCAGACAGACUCUCUGUGCGUUUGAACUCGCAGCCCAAUAGAAGAAGCAGAGACAAGGAAUGUGAAGCAAGAAAGGAAAUAUAUCGAAAGACGUAUGAUGUAGAAGCAUUGUUUGAGAUGUUAUCAAAAGCACAAAGUUGCCGUGUCAAUGAUCAGCGUGGCCUUCUGAAAAAGGAAGACUUGGUGCUUCCAGACUUUCUGCAGCUUCCUGAAGAGAUAGCUGAGAUCUGCCUUCAGCCACCUGAAUCAGAAGCAGGGAAAGAAAAGUGUGCUGGAGAUCUAACUCAGCCUGAGGAAGGUGCAGCUGAGAGUGAUCAAACCCCUGGUGUUUCCGGUGAGAAGCCACCUCCAACAACAUCCACUUCACAGGACAUAUACCUGGGAGAUUCGACAGACACCCAGACAAACUUCUGAUCAGAGAAGUGUGUGUGUGUGUGUGUGUGCAUGUGCGUGUGGCUAGCAAAGGUCAUUGCAAAGAAGGGCCGUCUUACACCAGGUGCCUGACCUCUGCCUAUUCCCUCUAUCAAUAGUGGGACAAUGGCUGUCAAACCAGGGGAACAAACAAUUAUUGCCACACCCCUCCCAGCCCCAUGUCACAAUGAACAGCAUUGCUGAAGCCUUCAUCACAACCUCCCAUUCAGGUUGUGAAUACCUCUUCUUCUGUACAGUUCUAUGUUUCUACGUUCAAAGCACUUUAACUCAUUCAAGCUGUGAGAAGAGAAUAGAGAAUACUGAAUCAAAAUAAGCCAUACUUAAUGAAGGAUGCUUGUUUCAUGACGUAAACAUCCAGCGGAUGCUAUUGAGAUCUUGGACUGGAAUAAGCUGGGCUCAGAGGACCGAUCUGAUUUAUACAGAACUUCCAAACUUUUCACAGCAAAAGGAGUGCACAUUGUUGGAGAAGGUCAGCUUUUAGUACUGGGUACUGGGACCAAAAUGAGGACUCUUGACUGAUAAUUCUAAACAUUUUGUGGAUCCCUUCAAAGUGACUUCAGUCAAGAUAUGUAUUUAUUGAAUUUCUAAUUUGUUUACAUAUACUGUAUCAUUCACCAUUGUUGAGUUUUUGUGUACUUUCGGUUUGCAAACCGGUUAAAGAAUGUGACUCUCAGGGAAUUGCACUUGUCCACUUCCAGGCCUGAGGUUAUGGUAGCUUGCAACACUGAUUCUUCAGACAAUAAUAAAAUCAUGUCAUUUGUGGAGUGUUAAUGUUAUGUGCUACUGUGGUUCCUAGCCUGUUUGUGUCUAAAAUACAAGAAAAUCCCUGUUGACAAAGAAGUCAUUUAAUUGUAGAUAUAAUCCAAAAAAUGUCCCAACCCUAGAGGAACAUUAGCCUGUUGUAGGAUGAUUUCAGAUGGCUUCUUUUGAAGAAUUAUGCUAUAUACUGAUCUGAAAAGAACAUGUUUAUACUUUGAAUCAAUACUAACUUUAUUUUCAAUUCUUGCAAAAUAUCUUUAAAUAUUAGUCAUACAGAAACAGACUAUUGUGUCCAUCAUAUCAUUUAUCAGUUCUUUACAUGCAGUAGCUUUGCAUAUAAACUUAAGAAAUAACUUGAUUAUAUUCCUAGGCCUAGUAUAGGUAUGAGUUUGUAUGAAUAAUUUUGACAAAUUGUUUCAGUCUUGAGUGGCUGGGUUAAAUAGAGACUUGAGAUGCACAAUUCCCCAAAGAUAUUCUGUUAGUUUAACUUCCCACUGUGAGUUACUCUUUAGUUAUCAAGAAAUGACAGGUAUCAAAGGGGAGUUGAUGGGCAAGAGAGAGAGAAUAAGGUUCAGGGUUAUGGAUAGUAAGAAAGGGGAUGGAUUUGAUGGAAUUGCUGUGUUGGGAAAUGGCAUGAGCACAAUAUACUCAAUGGCCUUCAAUUAUAAUUAUUAAGGUAAUGAGUUGUUAAUAGGAUACAUAGAAACAUAGAAAACCUACAGCACAAUACAGGCCCCUGGGCCCACAAAGUUGUGCUGAACAUGCCCCUACCUCAGAAAUUACUAGGCUUACCUAUAGCCCUCUAUUUUUCUAAGCUCUAUGUACCUAUCUAACAGUCUCUUAAAAGACCCUAUUGUAUCCGCCUCCACCACCAUUGCCGACAACCCAUUCCAUGCACUCACCACUCUCUGAGUAAAAAACUUACCACUGACAUCUCCUCUGUACCUAGUCCCAAGCACCUUAAACCCUGCGCCCUCUUGUGGCAACCAUUUCAGCCCUGGGAAAAAGCCUCUGGCUCUCCAAAUGACCAAUGCCUCUCAUGAUCUUAUACACCUCUAUCAGGUCACCUCUCAACCUCCUUCGCUCCAAAGAGAAAAGGCCAAGUUCACACAACCUAUUCUCAUAAGGCAUGCUCCCCAAUCCAGGAAACAUCCUUGUAAAUCUCCUCUGCACCCUUUUUAAGGGUUCCACAUCCUUCCUGUAGUGAGGCGACCAGAACUGAGCACAGUACUCCAAGUGGGGUCUGACCAGGGUCCUAUAUAGCUGCAACAUUACCUCUCGGCUCCUAAAUUCAAUUCCACGAUUGAUGAAGGCCAAUACACUAGAUGACCUUUUAACCACAGAGUCAACCUGCGCAGCAGCUUUGAGCGUCCUAUGGACUCAGACUCCAAGAUCCCUCUGAUCCUCCACACUGCCAAGAGUCUUACCAUUAAUACUAUAUUUUGCCAUCAUAUUUGACCGACCAAAAUGAACCACUUCACACUUAUCUGGGUUGAACUCCAUCUGCCACUUCUCAGCCCAGUUUUGCAUCCUAUCAAUGUCCCACUGUAACCUCUGACAGCCCUCCACACUAUCCACAACACCUCCAACCUUUGUGUCAUCAGCAAACUUACUAACCCAUCCUUCCACUUCCUCAUCCAGGUCACAUUGAAAACCAGACAAUUAUGUUUUUAUGUCCGGGUAAUCAACAGAAUGGGGUUAGUGCAUGGAAAUAAUAGAUGAGCAAAAAUCUUACUGAUUUGCAGAAUUGACAUGAAUGGGUUGAACCCCCUCCAUCUAGUUUCUCUCUUUACAUUGUUAUGUUCUUUUUCAGUUAGCUCCCUACUCACUUGAUCAUAGUGUCCAAAUGAGAGCAGAAGGGGAAGAAGCAAAGAAGGAUAGAAAUUUCACAGAAUUAUUCUCUGUAAAGUAAGAUGGUGGGGAGCAGCGUGGUUGUGAAUGGUAAAUAUGUGUGUGUGUGAGUGUGUGUGUGUGUGAGAGAGAGAGAGAGAGAGAUCAUUGCCCAACAUUUCCAUUUUUCAAAGUCUUCAGAUUUAUUUCAUUCAUUCCCAUGCUGCAGGCUUGACUGACGACACCAAUAUAUGGUCAUCAUUGCUAAUUUCCCCAAAUAUGAAGGUGGAAUAUUACAGUAUUUCUCCACUCAGUGGCCACUUUAUUAGGUACACCUGUGUAUUUGCAUGUUAAUGCAAAUAUAAUCAGCCAAUCAUGGGGCAAGAACUCAAUAAAAACAUGCAAAUAUGGCCAAGAAGUACAGUUGUUGUUCAGAACAAACAUCAGAGUGGGGAAGAAAUGCGAGUUAAGUAACUUUGACCAUGGAAUGAUAGUUGGUGUUUUGACUAUCUCAGAAACAGCUGAUCUGGCAUUUUCACACACAACAGUCUCUAGAGUUUAAUUGUCCCAUGAUUAGUUUAGAGUUGUAUAUUUAAUACUUAAGCAAUAUGUGAGUAAUAUUGUACAUAUAUUGUUUUGUUGAACAUUCCUGGUUGUUGCAUGGUUCUUUAUGAGCUCUCUGUAAAAGAAUGUGAAUAGCAUACAUCAUUAAACUGCCACAUCAUAAACCUCACUUAAAGUAAAAAAAAAUGAUACUAGG